CAGAGACCGUCCCGGGAGUAUAUGAAUGAAUGGGCUUCGCAAAGCAUCACACGGGAGAGUGUGGGAACCGAGCUCGCAGGGGGAUGUAGGAACUGGGGAAAUCUGCAGCAGCUGACACAGUGCUAUCUGCUUUCCUCACUUGUGUGUGCUUUCUGAGUCAGCAUUAGCUAAAUGUUCCAGAAAGCCAUCCACAAAGUACAGCCUGGGCGUUCGAGGGAUGCCACUCAUUUCCUCCAGUGGUUUUGACAAAUCAGAAGCUUGAAAGCGGGGAAAUCCGCAACGUAUUUCCAGAGCUCUCCAUCCUGCGUAGUGACUGCAUUCGUCUCCCUGGCCGCUGCAGUGCUCCGGGGGGUCUGCACGAUGUUCCAGCACCUCAGCCUGGUGUUACUCCUCGCCUCUCUUUGGACCACGAGGCACCCAGUCCAUGGCACGGUCCAAGUGCAAGACCUUUCCAUUUCUCCAUGCAGAAUCAUGGGCGUCGCCCUCGUGGGCAGAAACGCAGACCCACAGAUGAACUUCACAGAAGCCAAGGAGGUCUGUAAGGUGCUGGGACUGACUCUGGCCAGCAGGAACCAGGUGGAAUCAGCGCAGAAGUCUGGCUUCGAGACUUGCAGCUAUGGAUGGGUUGGAGAACGGUUCUCAGUCAUCCCUCGGAUCUCCCCAAAUCCCAAGUGUGGGAAGAAUGGCAAAGGUGUCCUGAUUUGGAACGCUUCCCCCAGCCAAAAGUUCAGAGUCUAUUGCCACAACUCAUCUGACACCUGGGCCAACUCCUGCCUUCCAGAAAUCACUACCACAUUCAACACUCAAACCCCUGCAGCAGAGUUUUCUGUCAGCAGCGACACCUACUCGGCUUCAUCCUCAGACUCCACAACGUCUGCGUCUGCCACCACCCGGGCUCCACCUUUGACCACCAUGGCACGGAAGACAAAAAUGAUUUGUAUCACGGAAGUUUACACAGAACCCAUCACCAUGGAUACAGAAACAGAAGCAUCUGUUGAAAGUGGAGCAGCAUUCAAGAAUGAAGCAGCUGGGUUUGGAGGUGUCCCCACAGCCCUGCUGGUGCUGGCUCUCUUCUUCUUUGGUGCUGCAGCUGUGCUGGGUGUUUGCUAUGUGAAAAGGUACGUGAAGGCCUUCCCUUUCACAAACAAGAAUCAACAGAAGGAAAUGAUCGAAACCAAGGUUGUAAAGGAAGAGAAGGCUGAUGACGUCAAUGCUAAUGAAGAAUCAAAGAAAAUGGUUAAAAACUCAGAGGAGCCCAAGAGUCCACCCAAAACUGCAGUGCGGUGCCUAGAGGCUGAAGUUUAGGUGCAUGAGAGUGGAGGAGGUACACCCGAGGCAAGUUUCAUGCCCCGAACCAAAGAAGCAAGCCACUGUUGGCUCCUGAUGAGAAAAGGACUGCAGACUUCACCAGAAGGAGCCCUUUCCUUACUGCAGUCCUCCCCAGACUCUACCCUCUGGCCUCCAACCUUCCCACAGCCUUGCUAGCCAGUCUGCGCCUCAUGGCAGACCAGAGAGCAGAGGAAGCUUUCAAAGCACCAGGCCCUACAACAGCUCCUCAACUCACACUCAGAGACAGGUAUCCAGGCUGCCUGAUCCCAGAUGAGGGACAGAGUCCAUGAGACAUGGCCAGCCCCAUAGUCCAAAACCUUCCCCCAGGGAAACACACCUCCUGGCCAGGCUCUUUGGAACCAGGCACAUGUAAAAUAAGCAAGGGAAAACAACAGAAGGUCAUAGAGAGCCUGGUGACUGAGACCUAAUCUCUGGGAAGCCAAAAUAAACAGAGCACAAGAUGGGAGCUGGGGCCCAGAUAGCAGCCUUGUUGGCAGAGACUAUAAAAUACAGGCGGGGUCGGGAACCCUCUCAGUUAAUUGAUCUGAAUCACUUCUUAGGACAUAGACACACUUUCUUUUCUCUUCAUUGUUGCCGAUGCUCUCUAGAGAUAAACACGCUUUUAUAAGAAACCUAAAAACGGGAGAGGCUAGGAGCUGCUGGCUCAGUGGUAAAGCACUUGCCUGGCGUGUACAAACAAGGCCUCCAGUCCAAUCCCCAGAAUCCAUCCAACCCUGCAUACACACAAAGGAACGAACAAAAACAUGCAUUUCCAUUUUCACUUGAAUUACAGGACCCAUUGCUGGCAAAACAACUAUGUUAAAAGGUUAAGAGAAAGAAAGAAAGAAAGAAAGAAAGAAAGAAAGAAAGAAAGAAAGAAAGAGAGAGAGAGAGAGAGAAAAGCAAAGAAAAGCACCCCCCCCCCAAAAAAAAUGCUGUCAGCUAAUCUACUACAAGCUGAGAACUCUUUACCUGAAAUGCUUGGUACCAACAGUGUUGCAAAUUUCAGAUUAUGUUUGAAGUCUGGAAUACUUGCACAUACAUAACAAUAUAUUAGAGAGCCUCAGUCUAAAUAUGAACUUUACUUCCCUUUCAUGCAUACCUUAGACACUUAGCCUGGCGGUCUUUUCAGACAAAAUUGUAAAAAUAACUUUCCACAUGAGAUAAAGUUUCAUGGUGUGGCAUUUCCCCCCGGAGGUAUCAUGCUGACACACAGACAGCUCAGACUUGGUAAAAGUUUACUUAAAAGCCGUGAGGUGUUGUGUAAGGCAUGCCAUUCCAUAGCUGACAUUACUCAACGCACAUUCACGUAUAGUGGAGUGUGGGCUGAAGCUAAUAUUUUUUCCAGCUUUGAUAACACUAGCUUAUCUACUUCCAGACUAGUUUUUGUUGCUGAGACUAACCCAUUCAUUUUCUCUAAUACAGCAAUGACUACAACCUUAAUUUAUUGCCAGUGUAUUUGAAAGUGUAGUAUUGCCUCUAUGUACCAACAUAGACACUUCGUGUCCCUUUAACAAAUGCAUUACCAAGCUCUUAUGUUUUCUAUCAAGAAGAAUCUGAGAGGAGAAGAAAUGUUUGUGUCCCCAACAAAUAAAGCAUUUAGAAAUUC